CAAACCAUUUGAUAUAAAGUUACAGUUACAACAAGGACAUCCUUUGGUAUAGUCUAUGGAUAGAAUUCUGAAAAAUAAAAGUAUUGGCGAAAUUCUCGAAAAUUAUUUGAUUUACAAAGCGUUUUUGUACAUCCCUCUUUACGGAGAAGUGGUAUUUCCCAGAAGUGAUUUUUAGUGGGACUCGCGCGGUAGGCAGAUUCAUUUUCAACUUAACUGAGGAGGGAGGGACAUUGCGGAAAAAAGGAGUUCUAUGGAAAACGUAAAACAGCACGCUUUAUGAAGUUAACUUUACUAAAACAUAUGCUCAUCUAAUCACGUUUUGUCAUACAUGGCUAAACACUAGUAGCGUUGAAAUCUGGUGUUUUAUUUUAUUUUUAUUUUUUUGUGUGAAGAGUUUCAGAGAUCUCUUUUUCCUGAAAGUAUUACGGUGGGAAGCUAUAGGACCCGAGAUCAAAGAAGCCUUGUAUUACAAGUUGUAACUGGAGAACGCCAGAGAAAGCCACCCAACUCAGACAGCGUCCUGAGAGAAACACUGCAGAAAGAGAGAGAGAGAGAGAGCAUUUGGAUCAGACACAUAUUUGUAAGAGUGUUUAUUUCUUUAAACGACUUUUAAUUGUUUAUAUGACCGAGAUGCAUAUGUGUUUUAAUUGUACGUCUUGGGGAUGAGUUGGAAAAGAAGAAAGUUUUUUAUGGCACAUUUGAGAAGUCGGAUAAUUUGAUCACGUUGAAAGAGUACUUUAUUUUAUAUGUGCAUUUAGAUAGAACAGAAGAAAAACAUACGACUCUACGUUAUUAUUUCAAGACAUUUCUUAGUUCUUGUACAAUCUGAUUUGGGAAAGGAAGCGUUCUGACCCAUAUUAUUCCCUUUGAUCUAGCUGUAUGAUCUAAAAAAAAAAAAAAAAAGAAAAAAAAAGAGAACUUUCUCGGAUCUCUCUUGUAAAACAACGAGGUUGUGUGAAGCAACUAAAGAAAAUGUUAGUUGCCGAUCCUUUAUUUUAUAUUAAAACCAGGCCGUCAUCCCAGAAGAAACUAAAUCAUUUACAAGCUGGUUUAGUUAUUUUUCUCCAUGCUGUGGUUUUGGUGUCCGCUCAGGCAACAACCUGCCCGCAAAACUGCGAGUGUUCUGGCCUUGGCAGAACUGUAACUGUAAUCUGCGGCAACAAGGGCUUGAAUGCUAUUCCCCAACCCUUGCCUUUAAAUGUCAAGACUCUUGUUAUAACGGGGAAUGACAUCCCACACCUCAAACAGGAUGCUUUCCCACAGUCACUGGACCAGCUAACUAACCUGAACCUAAGUUUAAAUAAGAUCGAGGUCAUCGACCCGUUUGUCUUCGUCAAAAUGCCAAGCCUGAAAGAACUUGAUUUGAGCAAUAACAGGAUUUUCAAGUUCAAUCCCGAAGCUUUCAGUACCAACAACGUAUUGCACACAUUAGAUCUUGGCAGCACCCUGUUCAAUAACUCCUUCAUAGAGGAAAUAUCAGCUUUGGUUCAGAAUGAGACUUUAGUAAACUUGGUGACAUUGAAAUUAUCAGGUAAUGAUGUGCUGUACCUCCCCGAGGAGAUGUUUGCAAGCUUACCAAACCUGAAGACACUUGACUUGAGAAACAAUUCCAUCGUUAACCUGAAAAACGGGACUUUUAAAAAUCUAAGACUUGAGAGUUUGGACAUGAGAGAGAACUCCCUGAAAGAACUCUCAAACGCCACCCUGGAUGACUUUGACCUCCAACCAGGCAUCUCCAUCCAGCUGGCGGAUAAUGCUUGGGUUUGUGAUUGUAAUAUUGAGGAUCUGCUUCUUUGGCUUGGGAGAUCAGACGCUGUGUUGGACAAAGGGAAUCUGUCCUGCGCUCUCCCAGACAGCUUGAGGGACACUCGGCUCCUUGAAGUGAACGUCUCGGAGCUGCACUGCUCUUACUCUGAAGACAUGAAAAGCAUUUUGCAAACUUCUUAUGUCUUUCUGGGAAUCGUGCUGGCGCUGAUCGGAGUGAUUUUCCUCCUGGUUUUGUACCUGAAUAGAAAGGGAAUAAAGAAGUGGAUUUAUAAUAUCCGAGAUGCGUGCCGAGAUCACAUGGACGGGUACCAUUACAGAUAUGAAAUUAGCACAGACCCGCGGUUAACCAACCUCAGUUUGAAUUCUGAAGUUUGAAACUAAUUCUAAUAGACGGCAAACCUUUGGGUGUAUUAUUUGAGGGCACGUGGACUUAUUGUAGCUAUGCAUGAAAUCCUGUCGCUAAAAAUAGGCUUAAGUCAGUGCUUGCCCUUUUCCAUAGAAACCAGACUUUGUAACAGUAAGAAGCUGAUUAAUUCUUGCUUGGAAUUUGGCACCCCGCGCCCCUGUGAUGUGAUGCUGACUGAUGUGUUUUGUCGUUCUUUUUGAUGUUGUGCAGUGCUGCAUGGUGAGAGACUUACAAUACUGUGUGGGCCUUAGCAAGGAUAUUCAACUGUAGUCUAUUUUGAAGAUGCAUUUUUUUCCUACAACACUAUUGCAAAGACUGUACAGAUUUUCAUACUACUUCUAAGUAUAGUAUUAAUAUGUCAAUACAUACAGUAAGCCUAUUUAUGCUGUGUAAAGUAUAGCACAUUUACAGUUUAUACAUAGCCUGCAUAUUAUUAUUCCCUUUGCAAAGUUGAAUGUUUAUUUGUUAUCUUUAAUGUUGUUGUGAAAGGAUAAUGCUGUUUAUAAAGUACAGUGCAUGUCAUAACCUUUGGGUUUUGUUCUAAAACUUGCUGAAAUUGUUUCAAGUUUGGGGGUUUGCAACCUUAAAACAAACUCAGACUUUUAAAGAGCUUACAGUUAAAAGGACUGUUGUAGCAAAGAGUAGAAAAUGUUUUCGUAUUUCAUCAAAAUAAACUGUACAAAAUACUGGGAAGAAA